UCCACGCUGAUGGUGGGGCAGUACUUCAAGAGGCGGAGGGAGAUCGUCGAAAUCAUCGUCGUCAGCGGCAGUGGGUUGGGCAUCACUGUUAUGUCCGUCUUCAUACGAGGCGCCAUUGGCUCCGUGGGAUGGAGGCUGGGCCUACAAGCGGUCACUGGCGUGAUCUUUCUCACUUUCCUGAUGGGGACAUUCUACAGAUCGGCGUCUCUGUACCACCCGCAGCGCCGCGCCAUCUUGCACCUGAAGAACCAGAAGCGCAAAGUGAAGGAGAAGAACCGCCAAGACGACAAGCCGCUCUUCGACCUCACCACCCUCAGGAGCAGGACAGUACAAAUCCCUGUGUCCAUAGGACUCUCCUCCUUCGGCAUUACCACUCCUAUUAUUUGUUUGGCACACCAAGCCGAAGAAGAGGGCCUCGAAGAUUCGUCCGUCCUCCUCCUGCAGACGUACCUGGGCGUCGGCUGGGUCAUCGGCUGCUGCGCCUUCGGCUUCGUCGUGGUGCAGAAGAACACAGAGUGCCGGGUAGGGCGCCAGUACCUCUGCCAGGCGUCCAUGUUCCUCUGUGGCGUGGCUACGCUGGCCUUCACCGCUGUAGAAGGUUACCAUGGUUACGUGAUGUUCGCCUGGCUGUACGGAAUCUUCUGUGGUGGGUUUCACUACUCCCUGAAGAUGUACACGUACGAAAAAGUCCGUGCCCGGAACUUCGCCCGUACCUGGGGCUUCGUGCAGUGUUCCCAAGCGAUUCCCACGGCCAUUGGUGUGCCCAUCACAGGGUACAUCAACAUUGGCUAUGGAGACAAAGCCGGUUAUUAUUUUUCAUCGACUUUCGUGAUUUUUGGAUCCAUGACAAUCUUUCUCAUCGACAUACAUCGAAGAAACGUUGCUAAGCAGAAGAAUAGUCAUAAGUAAACUUCGGAGUCUCACACCUGCGGGAAGCCCUCUUGCCAGGGACGCCGCCGCGACUCCCUGGCCCACCUCACUUUAGACAACCCUAAAGGACACGCUCCGUCCCUGGCCGUUCUUAGCAGCGGGUCCUUCACCUUCGACCCCCAGGAGCCCCGGAGCAAGCCGGAGCUCACCUGCAUAUCUGAGGAAGGCAUCGCCGACAUGGACCUCCCGGACCACCUCUUCGAGGAGCUCGAGUACCUGGGCGACUGCAUCACCUCCUGUGACAAGGUCGAGAACUAUCUCAUGAUGAGCGAGUACGAGAACAACCUCAAACAUAACGACAUCUCGUCAGUUCCUUACAUCCUCGACAGACGGGGCAAGAGACGCCUGCUGUCACUGACGAGGCAGUCGUCUUCAUCCGCUGCCAACUGCAAAGAUGCCUCAUCCCCGAGGAAGCCCGAAAGGGCGGCUGCUUCUUCUUCUUCCGUGGGUGGUGGUGGAGGAGGAGGAGGAGGAGGAGGUUCGGGCGCGGGUGGUGGUGUAGUGGCGCGGGUGGGUGCAGGGGGUGGUGUAAUGUGUGGCGCCACUUCGACUCAGGAGCAGCAGCCGCCCCCAAUCGCGGGCGCGCAGAGACCUACUACUCUGUUGUCGGGGAAUUUCCGCAGUAUUACAGUGAUAGAGGAAGCGUCUGUGUGAAAGUAGACUGUGACACAGCUAUGCCGCCUUGAUGGUGUCUAUUCUGCCUUCGUAGUCAAGAAUUGUGAAAUUAACCCGUCAUUUUGAACAGGAUAUUAAUCCUGAUUUUGAAAAGAUGUUUAUUAGGGAAAAUAUGAUUUCACUUGAAAGACUCCUCCCGUAGGUAAGUGGCUGUUGCUUUACUUUUCUAUGGAAACGUCUUCCAUGAUAAGAAGGACAAUAGGCUGAGAAAUAUUUAUACGAAUCUGGUGGACUUCUUACUUACUUACAUAACAUAGGCUUCAUGAAAUCUUAGUCAAUUUGUUUUUAUACUCGAGAGAGCCAUUUGGGCGUGAGCUGCCACAAUUUAAUAUACUUUUUUAAAAACCAAAAAAGUUUUCUAAUUGUGAUGACUGAAUGAAUUAGGCGUAGUCAUGACCAAUGCUUUCUGCUUCCGUCAGGAGAAUUACGCAUGUGUGAAUUCGAGGCAGUACUGUGUCUUGCAGUGUAGAAUAAUAAUAAAUAUGGCCUAGGAUUGGAAUUCCAGUCGACUGAUGAUUAUAAGAUGAAUACAGUAGCCAAAUUUGAAAGUAUACUCAAGAGGUACACUAAGCCUUCUGGGUAAUUACAGGCAGUCCCCGGCUUACGAUGGGUUUCCGUUCUUGUGAUGCGUUGUAAGCCGGAAAAUCGUCAAAAAUCUUAAGAAAACCUUACUCUUAAUGCUUUGGGUGUAUUAAAAUUUUGCAAACUGCAUGUUUAUUGCAUUUUUCAUCAAAAAAAAACCUUCAAAUAUUGAUUAUUUUGCAUUGUUGGAGUCAUAUUUCUGUCGGCAGAUCGGCAUCGAAAGCAUCAUAACACUGGAAGAUGCACACAUACCUGGAAAUCAUUUCUGAUGAAUAUGAUUGAAAAGCGUCAUAACCACGGAAACGUCGUA